CAGAAGUAUAAAAGGCCCCACAGCCCCAUGUGGUGGAUAUAGUUAUUCCCAAUCAUGAAGUAUCUACUGGUUCUGGCACUCUGCUUUUUGGCUGUCAAUGCCCUGGUGGUGCCGUACAACGGCGAGGAUCAGGAGGAGGACCUCCGUCUCUUCAGCGCCACCUACAGCGCCCUCAAGACCGCCCUGCGCACCAUCAAGGGUCUCAGCUGCAUCAUCGACUGGGUGGUGGGGAUCAAGGCCAGUGCCGAGAAGUUCAACUCGGACAUUAUCCUAUGUGGCGUGACCGCUAGCAAGGAUGUGACCAACCUGAUAAACGCCAACCUGGAGAUCAUCAAUUCCUGCAGCAACAUCAUCAACCUGAAGUCCACCAUUUGCGCCGCCGCCGACGAUGAGGAGGCCAAGAUCACCAACAGCUGCUUCGUGAAGACCGUCGCCCAGGUGUGGAAGCUGAAGAAGCAGGUGGAGAAGGCCGCCAGCCUGGCCGCCAAGCUGCCCCAGACCGGACCCAAUGCCUCGGCCUGUGUCAGCGAGUCGGUGACCACACUGGUCGAGUACUACACCCUGUUCCCCCAAAACAUUGUCAGCUGCUCCAAGCUGACUUCCUAAGAGAUGGGAUAGAUACCACAAAACUGCGAGCAUUUAAUAAAUUUUUUUUUUUAAUAUAUUA